GUUCAGCGUAAAGAUCCGCGAUCACUGCCGUAUUUCAGUGUUCACUAACAUGUCUCGAAUCGGUUUGGUUUCGGUUUCUUGUAUCGUGGUGAUCGCGUUUUUCGCCAAAGUUGACUGUGCUACAAUUCCACGUUCAGAAUUACAAAAUAAACCCCAAGAUCUAACCGCAGUUGCCAGUGUGAUCGAGCUAGAUCAGCUGGAUCCGAGAAAUCAGGCUGUUUACAGUAGUUACAGUAUCGUUGAGACAUCCGGCGGAGCUACCGGACCAAAUCGAGUCGAGUAUUCUAAAAGUGAAUACGAACCUGCCGGACAAAACACCGAACAUAAGCCAGUCAGUGGCCACAGUGGGCGCCCAGCUAGUAGAAGGAAAUUCCAAUUCAAUGACGAUGACGACAGCUCUAGUUUUAGCAGCAUUAACAGCAGCCCAAAGAGCAGUGAUUACAAAUCUGUAUCUUCCGAGCAAGUGAGUCGACCAUCUAAAACUAAAUCAUCUCCUCAAAAGUCCUCCUCUACUAGAAAAUCCUCUCCUAAAAGUAUCAACGAAAUAGUCGAAGGAAGCCCACCUCUUCAAGGGGCUGGUUCUAGCAAAAAAUCCAUCCUCAGUGACGGUGAUUUGAACAAAGAAGGAUCCUUAUUGAGUGGUAGCAUAGGUGACGGGUUCGAAGAAGGGUACGAUAAAGAAAAACAUUUCGACAAAGAAGGUGGUAAAAAAUACGUCGAAGCCCACAAAGCCGAAGCAGCUAAAAAAGCCCAAGAAGGAUAUAAAAAAGAAGAAGGAUACGACAAAGCCGAAGACGCCAAACAGGGUAAAGAAGAGAAAAAAGCAAUUGUCAGUGAAAAAGAAGGCGAAAAGAAAGGCCAUCUGGAGCAGGAAAAAGAAGAAAUCAAAGAAUACAAAGGCGCUGAUGGUACAAAAGGUGUCUCAGUCACGAAAAAGGGAGGCCAUAAAAAAGGCCAUAAGAAAAAAGGUUUCCACAACGUGCACCAUAAAGACGAAUACAAAAAGGACGAAGUGUUCUAUGACGAAGCUCACAACGGAGACGAGCACGAAGAACAUGCCCACGAACAAGAAAAACACCAUAAAGAAAAAGGAGGUUCAGCCAAGAAGAAUCAUGUCGACUCUGGCUACCACGAAGGCCAUGGAGAAAAGAAAGGUAUUCAGAAUAAAGGCCAUCACUUUGAAGAAGCUGAGGGCCAUAAGAAAGAAGCCGGCCAAGAAGCCCAUCAUAAUAAGAAAUCUGAAUAUGGUAAGAAAGGCGGCUAUAAAGAAGGUGAGAAACAUGGUCAUGCCGAAGGAGGUUCGCAUGGCGGAGGAUAUUCUGAUCAUGGAUUCUUCUAAGCUCCAUCGUAUCAAAAUAACUUCUUUAUCUAGUCACACUUUAUUCAGUAAAGUGUUUUUUACCUCGUGUAUUAUUUUCGCCUUCUCAUCUCAGUAGGUCUCUUAAGUACCUUUUUUCCUACCUACAUUUUUUUAUAUGUACAAGAUGUUUUUCCCAGUGAGAGGGAUUUUCUUGCCCCUUCCCCCUCCCACAAAUCGACUCUUGGAUUCUAAAAUGAGUAAAAACAAUGAUUGUAUUUAACCAUUUACUAGGUUUAGAUUUGUAUUCUCACAGAGGGAUGUUGUUGUAAAUGAUUAUUCCAAUGUGAAGGUGUCUCAGCAGUCAGCAUACUCGUUAGUAAUGCUAGAAUCAGUCACGAAAUUGGAAUUUUACUUUUUACCCACCUAUCUUGGCAACAGAAGCACCACGAAUAAGACAAUAAUCAAAAGAGUGGUAUACUGGAAUUUUUCAACUUGUCUUACUCGUAUGAGCAGAAGUGGGCUUUUCAUGUGAAUAUUAUUUCUUGACCACAUAAAUUCGAUUGAUUAAAAUUAUUUCACAACGUUUCAAGUAAAAGAUAGAUACGCGACUAUAAAACGUACCUAAAAAUAUUGGGUAAUAAUGGUGUGAGGUAGGUUUUUUUUACAAUUUCAAGAUUCUAGGGCUUUCCAAAUGGUGAGCAAGGAGAGAUCCCCUUAAGUGUCUGGAAAAUAGAAAAAGGUAGCAAAUUAGUGAUUCUCAAUCGUCGGUUAACAAAAAGGUCCCAAUUUUUAAAAAAUGAAAAUUUUGAAAAUUUCAACUUGAAUUCCAGCAUGAAUAGUUUGUCAACUGGAGAAAUUCAGAAAAUUUUCCUAAUAAUUUUGCGCCCUUGUUAUGCUUGGGCAUACACGUAAAAUUGUAAAUCUAAGGAAUUUCACCUCAUUAAAAAUUAUUAGAAAUCCAUUUAGGAGCACGAUGAUGAAUGAGAGACUGGACUUUAAAAUGCUUUUAUUCCAUGAAUCUGAAAUCACCGAAAAAAUAGAUCUUGAAUUCUUGAUCAAUUAUAGUUAAAAAGUGGAGUAUGCUUGAAAAACGUUGUACUAUAGUAUAAUAAUAACUGAU